GCUUAAAAGGAUAUCGCCUCCUCAGCCAUGGGACUGUAGAAUCUGAAACCAACGCUCUUCUUCCUUUGGGCCCAACGACCUCUUCGCCUCGAGCGCUCAGUCAAUUGGCUUGCUCCUUUCUUUUGGCCUUCUUCCUGCCAGGCGUCCAACUGUGGCUGUAUCCACUUGAUUCCUUUAGUCUUUUGAAGAUCCAAUCGUUUGCCAUUCCUUGGCUACUAUAUCGCAAACAUUAACAGAGACAACCACUACUGCCAUGGCUGACGGACUCAACCAAGCUCGCGCCCUCCGAGUGGCGGAGAUCAUCAACGACUACCGGACUCUUCUCAUGCACAUCUCCCAGCAGAAUGUCCAAGCCCCGGCAGAUGAGUUCAAUGAAGAGGGGUAUAAAGUGAUCCGAGACGGUCUGGCUGCUGCGCAGGCUUUGAUGUCAUCCAACUACAACCCUUGCGCGACGCCAGCCCAUGCCGGCAACGUCGAGGUCGAGAAGGCGGAAUUGCGCAGAGUCAUCCUUGACGCUAGCGCCAGACGAUUCCAGGCGCAUCGCAUCUACUUGAAGGUCGCGGCCGCCAGACGAUGGGUCAUCAAUCGCCAAAACAUUCUGCGUGGACAGCGGCCGGGACCGCAGCACGCGGCUCAGUUGAAGAACGCCAGCAACACGUUCCAUGCUGAACUGGCUCAAGUGACCGAACAGCACGUGGUGGCUGAUCUCCGGGCAGCCGACACCCGGGCGGGUCAUUGGCUCAACGACGACCCUUCUCUGCCUACGAUCCUUCAAUGGAUUCGGUCUCAUUCAUGAGAUUUUUUUUAUGUCAAAGCCUGUGAAAGAGCAGCGAGUUUGAGUGGUGUAUGGAUACGAUGAUGUCGAUAAUCACGGGACUACAGUACCGGUUGGAAAGCGUCCACUGGAUGCAUGUUUCUCUAUUGUUGCUCAGCGCUGGUCGCUUGCAAUCGAUGGGUUUCGACAAGGAAAAGCUGUUUUGUGUGGAACGU